GCUGCUGGCGCUGCCCGGAGCAAACAUGGCGGCGCCCGGGCCGCCCACGUGACUGGCACAUGUGACAGCUGCAAGGCAGUGCUGGACGAUGAUGGUGGUGAUGAUGGAGGAGGUGUGGGGUUUGAUGUAUGUCCUUGCCUGGGCGGAGGGACGGGGCGCUGGUCGGGAACAUUCACUGGCAGGAGGACCGGACUGGCCAUUCACAGAAAGACUGGUUUUACCUGGAGCCCUGGGGUGGUAAGCUGGCACUGAGGGCAGCCCAUUGGGGGGAUCACAGAAUCAGUGAGUGCUGGGGUGGUAAGCUGGCACUGGGGGCAGCCCAUUGGGGGGGUAUCAGAAUCAGUGAGCCCUGGGGUGGUAAGCUGGCACUGGGGGCAGCCCAUUCGGGGGUAUCACAGAAUCAGUGAGUGCUGGGGUGGUAAGCUGGCACUGGGGGCAGCGCAUUGGGGGUAUCACAGAAUCAGUGAGUGCUGGGGUGGUAAGUUGGCACUGGGGGCAGCCCAUUGGGGGGUAUCACAGAAUCAGUUAGUGCUGGGGUGGUAAGCUGGCACUGGGGGCAUCACAGAAUCGGUGAGUGCUGGGGUGGUAAACUGGCACUGGGGGUAGCCCAUUGGGGGGUAUCACAGAAUCAGUGAGUGCUGGGGUGGUAAGCUGGCACUGGGGACAGCCCAUUUGGGAGUAUCUCAGAAUCAGUGAGUGCUGGGGUGGUAAGCUGGCACUGGGGGCAGCCCAUUGGGGGUAUCACAGAAUCAGUGAGUGCUGUGGUGGUAAGCUGGCCCUGGGGGCAGCCCAUUGGGGGUAUCACAGAAUCAGUGAGUGCUAGGGUGGUAAGCUGGUACUGAGGGCAGCCCAUUGGGGAGUAUCACAGAAUCAGUGAGUGCUGGGGUGGUAGGCUGGCACUGAGGGCAGCCCAUUGGGGGGUAUCACAGAAUCAGUGAGUGCUGGGGUGGUAAGCUGGCACUGGGGCAGCCCAUUCGGGGUACUGCCAGAAUCAGUGGAGUGCUGGGGUGGUGUUUCCACUGGGGCAGCCCAUAAGUAAUACCACAGAAUCAGGAGGCUGGGGUGGUGUCGGGCACUGGGGCAGCCCAUUGGGGUAUCAAGCAGAAUCAGUGAGUGCUGGGUGGUAAGCUGGCACUGGGGGCAGCCCAUUUGGGGGUAUCUCAGAAUCAGUGAGUGCUGGGGUGGUAAGCUGGCACUGGGGGCAGCCCAUUGGGGGUAUCACAGAAUCAGUGAGUGCUGUGGUGGUAAGCUGGCCCUGAGGGCAGCCCAUUGGGGGUAUCACAGAAUCAGUGAGUGCUAGGGUGGUAAGCUGGUACUGAGGGCAGCCCAUUGGGGAGUAUCACAGAAUCAGUGAGUGCUGGGGUGGUAGGCUGGCACUGAGGGCAGCCCAUUGGGGGGUAUCACAGAAUCAGUGAGUGCUGGGGUGGUAAGCUGGCAUUGGGGGGUAUCACAGAAUCAGUGAGUGCUGGGGUGGUAAGUUGGCACUGGGGGCAGCCCAUUGGGAAGUAUCACAGAAUCAGUGAGUGCUGGGGUGGUAAGCUGGCACUGAGGGCAGCCCAUUGGGGGUAUCACAGAAUCAGUGAGUGCUGGGGUGGUAAGCUGGCACUGGGGGCAGCCCAUUGGGAAGUAUCACAGAAUCAGUGAGUGCUGGGGUGGUAAGCUGGCACUGGGGGCAGCCCAUUGGGGGUAUCACAGAAUCAGUGAGUGCUGGGGUGGUAAGCUGGCACUGGGGGCAGCCCAUUGGGGGGUAUCACAGAAUCAGUGAGUGCUGGGGUGGUAAGCUGUCACUGAGCGCAGCCCAUUGGGGGGUAUCACAGAAUCAGUGAGCCCUGGGGUGGUAAGCUGGCACUGAGGGCAAACCAUUGGGGAGUAUCUCAGAAUCAGUGAGGGCUGGGGUGGUAAGCUUGCACUGGGGGCAGCCCAUUGGGGGGUAUCACAGAAUCAGUGAGUGCUGGGGUGGUAAGCUGCUUUUUGGGGCAGCCCCGUGGGAGUAUCUCAGAAUCAGUGAAAGUGCUGAGGUAGUAGCUGGCACUGGGGGCAGCCAUUGGGGAGUAUCACAGAAAUCCCAGUGAGCCCUGAGGGUGAAGUAGCUGGCACACUGACGCAGCCCAUUGGGGUAUCACAGAAUCAGUGAGCCCUGGGGUGGUAAGCUGGCACUGAACGCAGCCCAUUGGGGGGUAUCACAGAAUCAGUGAGCCCUGGGGUGGUAAGCUGGCACUGAGGGCAGCCCAUUGGGGGGUAUCACAGAAUCAGUGAGCGCUGGGGUGGUAAGCUGGCACUGGGGGCAGCCCAUAGGGGGGUAUCACAGAAUCAGUGAGCCCUGGGGUGGUAAGCUGGCACUGGGGGCAGCCCAUUGGGGGGUAUCACAGAAUCAGGGAGGGCUGGGGUGGUAACCUGGCACUGGGGGCAGCCCAUUGGGGGGUAUCACAGAAUCAGUGAGUGCUGGGGUGGUAAGCUGGUACUGGGGGCAGCCCAUUGGGGGGUAUCACAGAAUCAGUGAGUGCUGGGGUGGUAAGCUGGCACUGGGGGCAGCCCAUUGGGGGGUAUCACAGAAUCAGUGAGUGCUGGGGUGGUAAGCUGGCACUGGGGGCAGCCCAUUGGGGGGUAUCACAGAAUCAGUGAGAGCCCUGGUGGUGCUGGCGCAGGGGCAGCCAUCACAGAAUCAGGGAGGCUGAGUACUGGGGCAGCCAUUGGGGGUAUCACAGAAUCAGUGAGUGCUGCUGGGGUGGUAAGCUGGCACUGGGGGCAGCCCAUUGGGGGGUAUCACAGAAUCAGUGAGUGCUGGGGUGGUAAGCUGUCACUGAGGCAGCCCAUUGGGGGGUAUCACAGAAUCAGUGAGCCCUGGGGUGGUAAGCUGGCACUGAGGGCAAACCAUAGGGGGAGUAUCACAGAAUCAGUGAGGGCUGGGGUGGUAAGCUUGCACUGGGGGCAGCCCAUUGGGGGGUAUCACAGAAUCAGUGAGUGCUGGGGUGGUAAGCUGGCACUGGGGGCAGCCCAUUGGGGGGUAUCACAUAAUCAGGGAGGGCUGGGGUGGUAAGCUGGCACUGGGGGCAGCCCAUGGGGGGGUAUCACAGAAUCAGUGAGUGCUGGGGUGGUAAGCUGGUACUGAGGGCAGCCCAUUGUGGGGUAUCACAGAAUCAGUGAGUGCUGGGGUGGUAAGCUGGCACUGGGGGCAGCCCAUUGGGGGGUAUCACAGAAUCAGUGAGUGCUGGGGUGGUAAGCUGGCACUGAGGGCAGCCCAUAGGGGGGUAUCACAGAAUCAGGGAGGGCUGGGGUGGUAAGCUGGCACUGGGGGCAGCCCAUUGGGGGGUAUCACAGAAUCAGUGAGUGCUGGGGUGGUAAGCUGGCACUGGGGGCAGCCCAUUGGGGGGUAUCACAGAAUCAGGGAGGGCAGGGCUGGGGUGGCAUUGUGGUGUUGGGUGGGUAAAGCAGGUGUUAUUGGGCUCUGGGUGGGCACAGGACAUGGUAUUCUGGUGGAGUUCUCUUUUUUGUAAUAAAUGGCAGUCUGUGGGUGCUGUGCAGGUCGGAGACAUAGUAGGGGAGAUCUGUCAAAUAAACGAAAAGUGGUGCAAAGUUCUAAAAAAUGGGGCAAUCACCAUGGAAACUAAUAGAAUCCACAAGCACAGUCCAUUGCUGAUCAUUCCACCUUUACAACUUGGCACCAUUAUUUGUUUUAUUUACUCUGAUCACGAGAUAAAUCUCACCCAUAGAGAGAUUGCUGUCUUAUAUAGCGCAAAGAAAGCCUCUGUAUCCCACAGUGACAAAGACUGACCUUUACUGUAUUUCUUCAGGAGCUAGUAGUCAGUCAUGUGUGGGGGUGAUCUAUUCUUCAUUGUUGGGUAAUCUCAAAUUUUACACAAACACAUACAUACAUAUAUAUAUUAUUUUUUUGUUUUCGAUAUUAUUACUACCAAAGGCAGACUGUAGCAUUCUAAAUUAUAACAUAGUAAGCUUAUAUGUCCCAACACCUCAUUAAAUAAAAGUAAAAUGUCCUUUUGUGCGGAAAAAAAUAAUCUAGAACUAAAUUCAUACAAAGGGAAAAAAAAGACCACAAAUAGUGAAGCUAUUUCCCAGUAAGGAUCUUGUUAACAGUGACAUAGGCUACUUUGUAUUGUGUUCAGAGUGUGUAGUGUGAGUCCUGCGUGAGAUUGCAUGGCAUUGUAAUCUAAAGGGAAGAGAGAGUUUGAAAGAAGGAAAGAUAGUGAUUGUUCAUUGGAAAGCAAUUAGAGGCAGACUUCCUUCCCGAGGGAGAGACUUGUUUUCCAGAGACCCUCUUUACAGGAGUGGGAACUGUAAUCACAACAGAUGUAAUUGUUUGUUACAGAGCUGCCCUGACACUGUCCCGGAUGCUGCUGAAUACGUGCUGAGAAACACCAACCUAAUCUCCUACUCUGUGCUCAUUGCAUUGUCUUUCGUUCCCUGAAUGCCAUAUUGUGACACCUCAAAUAGCCAACGGGCCCUGAGAGAAAGAUCCUGGUGCGCAACAGAUCUCCUUUUUUGCUUACGGAAAACUUGAUCCUAACAUCAACUAUUCUGGGAUACUAGGACAUAAAGACGUUACGUCUUGUUUUUCUGAUCUCAUACUGUCAUCUGGACAUUUUUGCAGCAGCACAUCACUGCCACCUAGGACAGUCAACAACUCAACAUUUUGUUUGGCUUCAGAUCUAUAGAAGUGACCAUCAGAAGACUUGCUGGAGCAGGGUGCCAGCAGUAAUCAAAAUAUUCCUUGAUACAAAAAGCCUGGGUACGUUGACCACUUUGAAGACCAGGCUGGGACGACAGCCCACAGCGAAAGCUCCUGACCCCACCACAAAAAUAAAUCCAAAGACCCUGGCAGCGGUGGGGGCCAGAGAAGCCGGUAUCAGCCACUGGAUACUUGGAACUCCUGGAUAGUGUAGGCCUAACACUUGGGGCCCCUGUGGCCCUUGGCCUUUCAGAGUCUCAUAUUUCUUGUUAGUGCUCUGGUCAUGGCAAAGUGGUUUAAAGAGCUACCGCAGACAUUGAAGAAUGUUUCGGACAGAGCCAAACCUGGACCACCAGGGGCCAAAACACUGCCUAAAGUUGGAGCCUCACGUAAAAACUCAUGCUCUGAUUCAGUCGGGUCUGCUAUGAAAAACAGGAAGAAUUCUUCCUCUGAUGGGUUUGGAAAAGGACUCAAGGAUACCCGAUUAUCGCGGGAAAGCUUACCUAGCCUGCUGCCAGGCAAAAGCAGGAAAAAUUCGAAAGACGAGGCUGCAGGUCUCCGACCUCCGAAAGGUCACAGUACUUUUUUAAAUCGCCUUAUUAGAGUGGACACAAACCUUCUGGAAAAGAAUGGUCACAAUUUUCAGGGCUCUGAGGAGCAACAGCAAGUCCAAGAUCAGGAGAGGCGGCUCAAAGAGGAAACCGUAAGUAAAAAAUAUCACUUGAUACAUAAAUAAUAAUGAUCCACCUGUGUACAUUGCAAUCCCUAAAUAACAACAGCGUACGGUGCAGUUAGCGAUGUAUUGACCCAUGUAACCACCUGGCAAUGUUUUCAGUUCCAUUCUUUUUACAAGGAUGGUUAAAAAGAAAGAAAAAUGAGGAUGGCAGCGUCAAGCAGAUACAUUAAGCCCUAAUUAGCUAUCAGAAGAGAUUGACUAGAUCACAAUCAAAAUAGGUUGCAGACCUUCUGUUUGUAAUAUCUUUUGAUCAGCAUACACUGAACAAAGUACUGUCUCCUUAAUUUACAAAUAAUAUAGGCAGUAUGAAGAAUCUAGUGGACAAAAUCUAUCUACUGUAUCCUAUUUUGUUCCUGCUAAACAUCAUGUUGAGGAUGUAAAAAGUAACAAAGAAAGCUCUCCAAUGUACAAUGCAGUUACAGACGUACUGAUAGGCAUAUAUCAUACAUCUCAAAGAAUUAAAUAGUUGUAUAUAGAUCCAAGUGCUUUUUUUUUUUUUUUUUUUUUAAGAUUCAAAGAACAAAAGAAUAUAUCAGUAUAUGGGGGAAAGGAAUCAUUAAUGUUAUAUCCAUGUUAAGCUGUUUAAUAAUAUUACAGACCAGGAGUCUUUUCAAACAUUAAAAGAAUAAACUCCUGGUCUGUAAUUUAAUUUUACAGCAUUAUAUGGGUAAACUUUAUUGUUUUUUAUAAAUCGUAACACUUUUAGUAAUAUUCUCUUUUACAUUCUAAAUGUUUUGUUUUGUUUUAAACCUUUAAAAUGACUCUUGAUCUGCAGUGUGAUUAUUUAUUUAUUUAUUUUUUAAAUAAUUGUAUUCUGUGCAGAUAAUAAUCUUGGAUGAUUACGCAGACCCUUUCGAUGCCAAACGCACAAAGGGACAACGUGAUGCAGAGCGCGUCGGCGAGAAUGAUGGCUACAUGGAACCGUAUGACGCUCAGCAGAUUAUAACCGGUAUGAGUCAUUCAGCUGUAAUCAGACCCUGUUCUAUUGUCUAAAAUCUUAUUAUCAAUAUUAGGACAAUUUUGAUACAUAGACAGUGGGUACCAGCCAAUGGCUUAAAGAUGUAAAAAACAAACAAAAAAGAACACACAUCUGUAACUGACUGGGAAAUUUAGCAUUUUGGGAUAUUAGGACAUUUAGACUUUUUCUUUUGUCACACUUUUAUCUCCAAGGUGCACAUACAUAUAUAUAAAACCCACUACCUCAAAGUUGCUGUUACCUCUCCCACAGUAAGACCGUGCCAUGAAGCUACUACCUUUUUAACAGCGUAGAUCUAUUUCCUUUUGAAUCAGCUAGUCUGUAGCUCGCUACAAAGUGUGUCCCCUCCCUUGGGAUAAUAAUAUUACUUUACUUCCUUUUACAGGCUGGGGAUGCCUAUUCACUAUUCUGCCAAAUUUUUGAGGUUAGCACUUUAACCUCUUGAUUGCCAUGGGUGUUUUGAACCCUCUUAUGCUUACUAACUGUUGGGCCAGCUGGGAAAACACCUUGCUCAUCCCCUCCGGCACUGAAUGUGUUAAUGUGGCAUCCUGUCCCCUUUGUGCUUCAUUGAUUACAGGUUGAGGUAGAGGUCAAAGUUCACAAUCCUAUGGAUUGCAGUGUGUUCCAUAGAAACCUUAGCCCUUAUCUCUCCUCACAGCAGGAAACCGUAAACUCCUAAUUUCCGCUCAGUUCCCCUGCACCCCAGGGAGGGACUGGCUUCAACUGGUCUGGGAUUUAUCAGCCCAAAAAAAUAAAUUAAAUCUGUUCGCAUCUCUGUAAAACUAAUAGGAGCUUUGGAAAUAGGGAGUGGGGGGUUAUUUUCUUUCUUUAUUUAUUACUGGAAUUUAUAAAGCGCCAACAUAUUCCGCAGCGCUGUACAAUUGGGAUAAACUCUUAUAAUGAGAUUUGUAAUGUUUAAACUAGUUUCUUAAAGUUUAAAGCUAUGGUAAUGGUGGAUUGUUAAUAUCUGGAGGGGUUUAGAUGCAACCAGUUUCUUUAAGAACAUUGCAGUCUAUGCAGAAUAACCAGUACAGCCCAGGAUAUUGGUUAUAUUGCUGAUAUUCACUGUUUUCAUUUAGGAGUGGUUUGACACAAAACGUGGCUGUCCACGGCCUGUGUAUAAACCCCCGCCCCCAGAUGCAUUGAUAAUGCGGAACUUGUGCUUACUCGUGACCAAUAUCGACUUACUUCUACCUGGACCGUGGUGAUUGGCUGAGAGUGCUGGGAAUGGGUUUAUCUAAGCUCUCUCAGCCUUUCAGUGCUGUGCAAAGUUGGACAUUAUUAUAUAUAUAUAUAUAUAUAUAUAUAUAUAUCUAUAUUAGAAAUAAGAUGAUCGCUAUACUUGACCUAUGAUAUUAAACGGUCAGUAAUUUCAAAUCAUUUUCUCGUGAAAGCAGUUGUUGACCAGAGACACCCUGGAAAACUUAAAUUUCUACCAAAACAAAAAAAAAAGUCACUGGCACACUAAAAUGCAGUCAACGGACAUGAUACUUUUGUUGUUGUUAAAAACCUGUAGAGGCUAGCCAUGAUGUGAGUUGUAGUUUUUUUAGACUUGAACACAGUGUGAAUUGCACUUAAGCCACAUGCCACCUUGCCCUACUAUAGAUCAUUUGUUCUGUCUGUAUAACAGCGUUAAUCAGCUUGCAUGGUUCUGAUAGAGGGUCAUGGGAGUUUACAAAUGGCUGCUUUGCAUGUUAUGACUCCUAAACAUUUAUGCUGGCAUAUUAUUUGAAAGGGGUUAAUAGUACAUACAUAGUAAAAUGCCAUCAGUGUUUUUCAAGCAGUAGGAGGGAAGAAUUACAUUGAUGCAUUUUCUUAAUUAUUUAUUUAAUUCAAUUUGAAAUGACUUGUGGUUGUAGUUAGUGUAUAUAGAAUGUUCACCCAUUGUCAUGGGUCUGUUAAUUAGGAGGUCCGUUCUGUGCUAGUCCUCUUUCUAUGCCUGGGUGUGACUUCCUCUGUCUCCUUCCUGCCUCUCGGACUUGUUUCCUCUUGUGGACGGCACAUUGGAUUGGCAGGAAGGAUACUGUGGCGGCCCACCGGAUAGGCUAUGUUGCCAUGGCGCCAGGAGAAUGGGGUAGCCAGGUGUCCAGGCACCAGUUGUGGCCCAGAAAUACAGGGGGUGGGGGGGAUUCCUGGAAGAAAUAAAGGAUUUAAAUCUUAUCUCUCUCUGGCUUAUUACCCGGAAUAUGUCCCUUCCAGCCCUUAUCACGUUUCUCUGCCAAAUCUUCUAAGUUCAGUGAUUUUAUUGUAUAUUGUUAGAACAGCAGCCUGUUAAAUGACUGCUAUGCCACAAAAUAUUGAACUUUAUUUCUGUUGUUCUGCCAGUUUUCAAAUUGUGAAGAAACAAAGCUUCAUGCUUUUUUUGUUUAGUUUUUUUGACACAUUGUAGAUUAUUAUUCUCUGUCGAUAUCUAGUUCUCUAGCUUUCAUUGCAGUCUCGCUGUCCAAUCUCUGUCUUGUUCUCACAAUUAAGGUCUCUCACUUUUGUGUUCGCUGUCCAUCUCCCAGUUCAUUAAUUUCUCACUUUCCAGAAUGUUUUUUCAUAUUCAUCUCUCAUUGCUUUCUAUCUGACUCUUGCCAUUUCCCUCUGACUCUCAUCCCCCAUUCUAACUUUUUAUCCAUCUUGUUCUCUCUGGUUAUAUUUUUGUAAUUGAAGAAUUGCUUUGUUUCAUUAGAAUUUGUUCAUUUGUGUGAAUAGGAGAUCAAUGUAUUUACUCCAUGUGAACUCUUUAUCUAAAUUCCCAUUGAACAAGUUUCUUUCUUGUGAUGACCACAGAAAUUCGCCGCAGAGGCUCCAAAGAUCAACUCAUCACUGACCUCCAGCUAUUGGAGCUGAGUGCCUUGAGUGAAGUAAAGGCUGAUCCCAAGAAGCCAUUGACUCAAGAGGUACCGGGGAAGCCACCACAACUGUAUGACACGCCAUACGAGCCGCCUGAGACAGAAGGUGAAGGAGAUGGGCAAGAGAAGAAACCGCGGGUAAUUGAGGGGCCGCGACCGGAGAAUGACGAAAGGCCUGCAGGGGAGUACGAACAGCCAUGGGAGUGGAAGAAGGAGCAUAUUGUCAGAGCACUUUCAGGCAAGGGAUCAGGCUGAUUGACAUAUGUGAGGGUUGGAGAUUGAGGAUGUAAGAGAGCUGAUAAAAUGGAUGGAAUAGAACUGUAUGUGAGUGGGUAAAGAGCUGUCUAUGGCAUAUGGUGUUUACAAUCUAUGUGUCAGGCUUAUCUCUGUCCUCCUUUGGCCUACAGUUCAGUUUGAGAGCACCGAGCGGUCAUCCGGUAAAGAGGAAGUUUCCAAGAUACACCAGCGGCAGAAGAGCUGGACCUCAAAAGUUCUGAAGCAGCAGCAGCACCCGGAACAGUGUGAGAAAGUAGAUCCCACCGUGCCCCUGGAGAAACAGAGGUAAAAAGACCACAAUGUUUUGUGUCUCUAUUAUAUAGAGUAUGUAGGGCCCUGUAUUUUUAAAUACAAAAACAGUAGGCAUUAAAUAUCCAUUUUACUAGCUAGUUAUUCAGCAACAAUCACAGUGACUACAGCAGACUUCAGUGUUUUGCAAGUGCAGUCUGAUUCAUAAAGGUAUGGCUAAUCCAUUAUCCCAAUGGACAGCGUUCAGCAUUUUCUUGCAGAGGGUGAAGAUACUAAUCGACUGUCCUUCAAAUAUUGCAUGACCGCAAUAGAAAUCCCCUCUUUACACCAAGACCACCGUUCUGAUGCUUAACGUGUCCCUUUAAAUGAACUAUAACCCCCACUGCUAGGAGGGACAGAGCAAGUCCCAUAUGCUCUGGAUGAUGUGAGUGACACUCUAUUGUAAGCAGUGGAGACUUGUCAAUUGGGGCAGAGGCCCAGCAGUUUUUGCUGUGCUAAAAUAAUAAAAAAAACUAAACUAAAAGGGUAAUAUGAAGUUGACCACAGGAAAGCAUAAAUUGAGGAGUCUCUGGAUGCAGUUUAUACUGCUAGUUAGCAUGUUAAAAUUAGUGUAGGACCCACCAAUAUCGGGGGGCUGUGACAUAGUGGUGGGUUUAACACAAUGUGGCCAUAUGGUGUAACUGAACCCCAUAUUUGAUUGCUGAGAGGUGAUUUUGAGUAGCCAUGUAAAACUGUAUUUUUGUUUUUGUGUGUGCGCUAUUCCUUUAACUGUACUUAACAUGAAAAGUUGUUCCAAGAUGGGGUGAAUGAAAGUCAUUCUAUAAUGUUUCAAAAUGCUUCAUAUACCCAUGAUUGGCAGGUUAUUUAUUUCACAAAAACUUGGGAAAAUGCAAUGCAUGAGAAAAGCAUAGAAGUAAAAUACAGUGUCAGUGUUUUUCACUAUAUCAGAAUGCUGCAAACCACCUGGUUCUGUACAGAGUCAUUUAUAGCAAAAUACGCACAUUGUGCACAAUAUAUAACAAUCUCUGCAUUUUGCAAAGUAGCCUCCAACGGAGCCUAAAUGAGGUCCACUAUUAAUGGCUGAAAUCCCGAUUCGAACAUUCCAAGCACCAUAAUCAUUACAGUAGUGCCUUGGUGACCCCACUGCACCCCCAUUCACACACUGUACCCCAAUACACACACUGCACUCCCAUGCAUACACUACAUCCCUCACAUAAACACACACUACCCCUCCUACACACAAUACCCCAAUACACAUGCUGCCCCCACUGUACCCCAAUACACACACUGCACUCCCAUGCAUACACUACACCCCUCACAUAAACACACACUGCCCCUCCUACACACAAUACCCCCAUACACAUGCUGCCCCCACUGUACCCCAAAACACACACUGCACUCCCAUGCAUACACUACACCCCUCACAUAAACACACACACUGCCCCUCCUACACACAAUACCCCCAUACACACACUGCCUCCACUGUACCCCAUUACACACACUGCACUCCCAUGCAUACACUACACCCCUCACAUAAACAAACACUACCCCUCCUACAACACAGUUCCCCCAUACACACGCUGCACCCACAUGCACACACUGCCCCCACUGCACCCCCAUACACACACUGCACUCCCAUGCAUACACUGCACCCCUCACAUAAACACACACUACCCCUCCUACACACUGUACUCCCAUACACACGCUGCACCCACAUACACACACUUCUGCCCCAUGCACACACUGCCCCCACUGAACUCCCAUGCAUACACUACACCCCUCACAUAAACACACACUACCCCUCCUACACACACUGCCCCCACAGUACCCCCAUACACACGCUGCCCCCACUGCACCCCCAUACACACACUGCACUCCCAUGCAUAAACUACACCCCUCACAUAAACACACACUACCCCUCCUACACACAGUACCCCCAUACACACACUGCCCCCACUGUACCCCAAUAAACGCACUGUCCAAACUGCACCCCUAGCACACGCACUGCCUCCUAUACCCACCCUGCAUCCCUCACACACUGACCGGCUCCCACACACACACACACACAUUUUACUAGAGGCCCUAUCCCCUACUACAGCCCCUAUCCUAGCAAACCCCAGGUAAAUUUUCAAACUGUUCUUAAAUGGUUUGAUUAUUUACUCUGGGUGGGCGCCACUGCACUCCUGGCACCAUAACCACUACAUAGAGUUGUAGUGGUUAUUGUGCCUGGAUUGUUUCUUUAAAUAAUCUAUGAGUGUCCCUCCCGAGAUAAGGCUCUGGAUCCACCCCUGGUCACACUACUGUCCUAUGUGCCAUUAUGGUAGAACCCUGUCCUGUGUAUAAUCGUACUGCAAUAGAAUUGUGUGUGCUCAGAGGCUGCCUUGCACUUUUCAGUAUGUAACACUAGCUCCCUCUCUUGGCUGCAGUUGGUACCACGGAGCCGUGACACGUGCAGAAGCUGAGACCCGGCUACAGUCCUGUCGAGAGGCCAGUUACUUGCUGCGCAACAGCGAGUCUGGAAACAGCAAGUACUCUAUUGCUUUAAAGUAAGUGAGACGGGCUAUGUUGUCUACACCACUCUGCUAAUGCCGAAUAUCACUGUUAACAACCGUUAUAAAGAGUAAAGAACCUACAGCUGCAUAGUAAUUCUUUACAUGGAUCAUAACUAGGGGAAACUCUCCAUUUACAAACAGAUCGAUCCCUUGAAUACAAAGUGCAAUAUGUUCAAAUAGAAGUAGUUUUUAAGCACAAUGUGCAUUUGAUACAUUGCGUGUCUGUUUAGGAUAAAGCACCAAUUUCACGCAUAGAUUACUGUUCACAAAUGCCCCAAAAAUUUAGAUAAAUAUACAUAGUUUUAAUAUUUCCAAUGCCUGUCAGUCCUUUACAUCUGUAUUGGGGGGGAUACAAACUGUAUAUAAACGUGAUACAGAGUUACUAAAUGGAGAUCUGCCAGUGAAAUGUGUUUCUCCACUGGAUUUUUUUUUUUUUUGCUUUUAUUUUCACAUGAAAAGUGUUUGGCUGGGAGAUAAGGGGUUAAAGGGACACUAUAGUCACCAGAACAAUCACAGCUUAAUGUAGUUGUUCUGGUGCCUAUAGUCUGCCUCUGUAGGCUUUUAAAUAUAAAAGUUGCCUUUUCAGAAAAAAGACCGUGUUCACAUUGAUGCCAGGAUUACCUCUAGUAGCGGUCACUCAGACGGCCACUAGAGGUGCUUUUUAGUCCAGUCACUGACGUUCAGCAUCUCCAUGGUCCACAUGGAGUCCUCCAUAGAGAUUCAUUCAAUGCAUCUCUAGGAGGAGAUGCUGAAUGGCACAGCUCUGUGUUUUGCUGCACAUGCGAUAUAGCCUCCCAAUGCUUUCCUAUGGGAAAGCACUGGAUUGGCAGAGAUCAAGUUUGAUGAUCUCAGCCAUGAAGGCAGGGCCAGCCGCAGUGAGACAGACGUGGGAAAAGGGUGAAUAAAAUCACUUUUUUACUGACAUCAGAAGUGGGACGGCCCCUUAAAUAGUUAAACACUAUAGUGCCAGGAAUACAUGUUUGCAUUCCUGACACUAUAGUGUUCUUUUGUUAUAGCUUUAUGGUGUAAUAAGCUGUAAAGUAGCAUUGGUAUAAAUCAGGGCUCGACAAAUCCCAGGUCGCCAUGGCAACUAGAAAUUUCGCCAUGGCUCUGGGAUGUCAGCCGUUUAAGGCAGCCACUCGUGGAAGCAUGGUAGGCGGUGUGCGAGUGAGCAGUAAUCUACCUACAGCUCCUCACUGCACCCUCGCGCGCUGUUAAUUAAUGAUGCCAGGAGCCGGAAAAUGACGUCACUCCGGCCCCGGCAUUACUGCAGAGAGAAGAGAGUCUGUUUCUGUUUAGGUACCUGCCCACCUCCAAUCGCACAACAAAGUUUUUUUACUUACCUUUUUUCCAACGUCAUGCCUGUUUUGCCAUGGCCGUCUGGCUGUCCUGUCUCCAUUGUUGAAAUAAUCAGUCUUUAUGAUCUCAGCUAAGGGAAGAAAUUGCGCAUGCGCAGCAAAACAAUGUGCCAAUCAGUAUCUCCUCAUAGAGAUGCAUUCAUUAAUGCAUCUCUAUGGGAAACAUUCAACGCCUCCAUACAGAGCGUGGAGACGCUUAACGUAGGUGUGUGCAACUCUGACCAAGGACUUUCUAGUGGCCAUCUGAGUUACUGUUACUAGGCAGCUAUGUAAACACUGCCUUUUCUUUGAAAAGGCAGUGUUUACAUUGAAAAGUCUGCAGCUAUAGGCUAUGGACACCAGAACAACUACAUUAAGCUGUAGUGGUUCUGGUGUCUAUAGUGUCCCUUAAGAAUUGCAUUUUUCUCGUUGAAAAUUAAACUUAAAAUUAGUUUUUCCAAAAACUGUCUCCUUCGUUUCUAAAUGAAAAAGAUUCUAAACAAAUUUGUCAAGCCCUGGUAUAAAUCAAUCUUUCAGCGAAUUCUGGGAGAAUAGAGGGAUGAUGUAUCUCAUACAAAUGUCUUUCCUUCUUCUAGGACCAGUCAGGGCUGUGUUCACAUCAUCGUCGCUCAAACCAAAGAUAACAAAUAUACUCUAAACCAGACAGGAGGCGUUUUCAACAGCAUCCCAGAAGUGGUCCAUUACUACUCCAACCAAAAACUUCCCUUUAAGGAUGCAGAACACAUGAGCCUUUUAUAUCCCGUACACAGCAAGUUGCACUGAGUUUAUCAAUGUUCCCAUGUGUGUAUAAAUCACACCACCAACUAUUAGCUUGUAUUUUUUGACCAAUGCGUUGACAGUACUCCCACCAAUUCUUUAAUAGUUUUCUCCCCGAGCAGUUUGUCCCCCGUCCUGUCUCUGCACCAUAAAUCCCACUUCAUCCAUUAAGAUGUCUGAAUUUCAUACUGCUAUGUACCUUGAUUACCUUUUUUUUAUAUUUUCUACCCCACCGUUCACAGCUAGUUGCAUUGAUUGUUUGAUUAUCAGAAAAGAGAACGGCAAUAUUACUGCACUGACAAAUCAGACAAGUGUUAGCUUUACGGCCAAGUACUCAUUUACUGAUGGAGUAAGUAGACAGUCUUAUGGAUUGAAACCUAUGAUUUUUCUGUGCGCGUGUGAAAAAGGAGAGGAUAUAAAGGACACCUGAAUGUAUCGGUUUAGAGGUUGUAUUUCGUUUGUGUUUGUUUUUAAGGGAUGUAGUAUGUGGCAAUUUCAGAAUUGGUUUAUGGAAAGCAUCAGAAUGUGUUGGUAUGUGAAUAAUCUAUAUCUAUUUAGUGUAUGUUUUAGAGUAUGAAUUAAUGUUAAAUAAAGAGGAAAGGUUCGAGAUGAAAUAAGAUUCAUCCUACCCUUUAAACCAGGUUUUGACAAUCCCAGGGAGGAUAUGUGCAAGGUUCCACCCACUAUCUGAUCCACAUUGUAUGGAUUAAUUUUGCAAUCUCUGAUAGUGAUGGCAAAUGUCUGGCCCUCAGAGGCCUAUGAAUAAUACCCAUUGUUUCCUAAGGAGUUGCCAUCAUUCAUUAAGACUAGAUUUAACUUCUCUGGCAAAUAGCCCACUGUUCUUAUCAUCCAGUAAUCUGUUACUAGUGCAUAUAUCAGAACAUAUAAAAUACUGUGGCAGUACAGGAUCAGACAUGCGUGGCGAGGUUCACGUGGAUUUUGGGACUGACACUAGAUACAGGAAGGCAAAGAGGAGGAAGCACAACAUGAGAGUAGUGGGGGAUUCGCAUGAGAGCAGACAAGAGGGGACAAAGAAAUUGUGAAUGAAAAUGGGUCUGUACUCUUUCUUUACCUGAGUUUUGCAGAAGAUUAAGCAGUAGGUCUAAAAGGAAAAAAUAUAUAUAUUUUAGAAGAUCUCGAUUAGGUUGGUUGCUUGUCAAUGUACACCAGCCUGUUGUGGAUAUGCUGGAAAUGACUUGAGACUGAUCGAGAGACAUGGUGAUCGUGUAGUAGAGAACAAAUCUCACUGCUUGAUUCUAAUAGAUAAUCUACCUUUUAACAAAACCAGAUAGUGGGGAUUUUACCGAACAUCCCUGUAAAAGCGGUUUAUUAAAUGUACUUACUAGAAAUGACUGAAUACAAUGAAAACCAUAGCCAGAGUAACAGAAACAUUUGAAUUCAAAGAGAAUUUAAGGUCAAAAUAGCAAAAUUUAGAAACAUUAUCCAAGUUAUUGGUUUCAGAUUGUCUACUGUGGCCUUAAAUCUGAAAUUACCUUUAAAUUCUCAUUUUAGCAAAUAACCCUGGCUGUCAGUGUAAAAUUAAAAUCCCUGCCUGUAAAACAUUGCAAAACUAAACGUUGCACUUUCUCUGAGCACUAGAGGGUGCUGGCAUUCCAACCAGUGCUGUACUGUGCUGGUGUCAAGAAACAUAUAUAUGCUUGUACCAUAAUUGUAUACAUGCAAAUAAACGUUUGUAAAUGUGUUUA